GGGGCCGGGGGGCUCCGGGACCCUCCGGGAUCCCCCGGGACCCUCCCGGCCCCCCUGACGCUCCUCCUGCAGAAGAACGAGGGGCAGCAGCCGCCCGAGUUCCGCUCGUUCGCUGUGGACCCGCAGAUCACCUCGCUGGACGUGCUGCAGCACAUCCUGGCCCGGGCCUUCGACCUGCAGGGGAAGAAAAGCUUCGUUCUGAGCUUCGCAGUGCGGGACGGGCAGGGCCAGGACACCUUUGUGCCUCUGCUGAGCGAUGGUGACCUGGCCAAUGCCUUCAACUGCGCCAGGCCCACCCUGAGGCUGCGCCUGGACGUCAGGAACCCCCCUGACAGCCCGCUGCUGGAGGACUGGGACAUCAUCAGCCCGCGGGAGGUGGCGGCGGCCGAGCCGGUCCCCGAGCGCCGCUCGCUGCUGGCGGCGGCCCUGCCCUUCACCCAGGCUCUGCUGGCACAGGUGGGCCGGACGCUGGCGCGGGCACAGGCGGCCCUGGCGUGGCCCGAGGGGACCCCGGCCGUGUCCCGGCCCCCUCCCCCGCCCCCACCCUGCGCCCCCCUGAGCGACGCCGACCUGAGGUCGUACCUGGGCCCAGGUGGGCGCCUGCUGCGGCCCCAGGACCUGCGGCUGCACGUCUUCCACGGCGGCGUCGAGCCCGGCCUGCGCAAGGUGGUGUGGCGCUACCUGCUGAACGUGUUCCCCGCCGGCCUCACGGGCCAGGAGCGCCUGUCCCACCUGCGCCUCAAGGCGGCCGAGUACUCCUCGCUGAAGGUGGCGCUGGCGGCGCGCGCCGCCCCGGCCGAGCUGGCGCAGGUGGCGGCGGCCGUGCGCAAGGACGUGCGCACCGACCGCGCCCACCCCUACUGGGCGGCCCCGAGGAGGGCCCCUCACCUGGCCGCCCUGCAGGCGCUGCUCACCACCUUCGCCCUGGGCCACCCCCUCUCCUACUGCCAGGGCAUGUCGGACGUGGCGGCGCCGCUGCUGGCCGUGCUGGACGACGCAGGCCAGGCCUUCCUGUGCUUCUGCUCGCUGAUGCGCCGCCUGGCGCCAGCGCUUCGCCCCGGCGGCCGGCGGCUGGCGCGAGCGCCGGCCACCUGCGCGCUGCUGCGCCGCGCCCGACCCGCGCAGUUCUGGGCCUUCCUGGCGGCGGCGCCGCACGACCUGCUCUUCUGCUACCGCUGGCUGCUGCUGGAGCUCAGCGCGAGCGCCGCCGGUGACGCGCUCAAGGUGCUGGAGAUCACCUGGAGCUCGUUGCCGCCGGCGCCGCCGCCGCCCCCCGAGGGGGUCCCGCUGCUCGGAGCCCCCCUGGGAGCUCGGAGGGCCGGCCGCGGGUUGAGGGAGCGCCGGGGGCUGCGGCCGAGGCCGCCCAGGAGGAGGAGGAGGAGGAAUGUGGAGGAGGAGGAAGGUGGAGGAGAAGGUGCUGGAGGGGUCACGGAGAGUUCUGGUGGUGGCUUUGGGGGUCUCAAGGGUUCCUGUGAUGGCUCUGAGGGUGCCAAGAGCUCCAGUGAUGUCCUUGGUGGUCCCAAGAGCUCCAGUGAUGAUCCAGGUGGUCCUACAAGCUCCAGUGACAUCACAGGUGGUCUCAAGAGCUCCAUUGAUGUCCCAGGUGGUCCCAAGAGCUCCAGUGAUGAUCCAGGUGGUCCCAAGAGCUCCAGUGAUGAUCCAGGUGGUCUCAAGAGCUCCAGUGACAUCCCAGGUGGUCCCAAGAGCUCCAGUGACAUCCCAGGUGGUCUCAAGAGCUCCAGUGAUGAUCCAGGUGGUCCCAAGAGCUUCAGUGACGUCCCAGGUGGUCCCAAGAGCUCCAGUGGUAGCCCUGGGAGUCUCAAGAGUCCCACUGAUGGCCCAGAGGGUCCUAAGAGUUCCAGAGAUGUCCCCAGCAGCCCCAAGAUCUCAGGUGAGGUCUUUGAGAGUCCCAAGAGCUUCAGUGAUGUUCUAGAAGGUUCCAAGGGUACCCAGGAGAGUCCCAGAAGCUCCAGCGAUGUCCCCAAUGGUCCCAGGGACAGCCAGGAGGGUCCCAAGAGCUUUAAGAACAUUCAGGAAGGUCUCGAGAGCUCCAGAGAUGCCCCUAAAGGUCAUACAAGCUCCGGCGGUGUCCCCAGAGGUCACAAGAGCUCCAGAGAUGUCCCCAAAGGUCACAGGAGCUCCAGGAAGGUGCAGGGGAGACGGCCCAGGGGUGCUGGAGGAGCCCCCGAGGGCUCCAAGGACUCGGAGCCAGGUGGCCCCAGGAAGGUGGAGGAAGGCACCGACGCCCUGGAGAUGGAGCAGAGACCCCAGAGCCUCUGCUGGGCGGCUGGAGAAGACCCCAGAAAAGGACAGGGUGGCCCCAAAGAGGGACACGACCCAAGAGAAGGACGAGGUGACCUCAGAGAAGGACGAGGUGACCUCAAAGAGGGAUUUGAUGACCCCAAAGAGGGGCUGGAUGACCCAAGAGAAGGAGGAGAUGACCCUGAGAUGGAUCGUGAUGACCUCAGGAAGGUUCGUGAUGAUCUCAGAGGAGGACACAGUUUUGGAGAAGGCCACAACAACCCCAAGGAUGACCGCCAUGACCCCAGGGAUGGCCACCAUGACCCCAAGGAUGACCACCAUGACCCCAAGGAUGACCACCAUGGCCCCAAGGAUGACCACCAUGACCCCAAGGAUGACCACCAUGAUCCCAAGGAUGGUCACCAUGGCCUCAAGGAUGACCGCCAUGACCCCAAGGAAGAACGUGAUGACCACAGACAUGGCCACCGUGACCCCAGGGAUGGCCACCAUGACCCCAGGGAUGACCACCAUGACCCCAAGGAUGGCCGUGAUGACCCCAAGGAUGGCCAUGAUGACUCAAGCCAUGGCCACGAUGACCUCAGACACGGCCACCACGACCCCAAGGAAGGAGAACAUGCUGACCCCAGCCAUGACCACCGUGACCCCAAGGACAUCCACGACGACCUCAAACACGAGCACCACCGCCAGCACCACGCCAAGGAAGAACGUGACAACACCAAACGCGUCCACCACGACCUCCGAGAUGACCACCACCCCCCCAGAACCACCCGCCACAACCCAACCACCCCCGAAGACCCUUGGGGUGGCCGCUGGGCUUGGGAAGACCCUUCCUCCUCCUCGUGCUCCUCUUCAUGCUCCUCGUGCUCCUCCUCAUCGUCCUCCUCGGACGAGGAGGUGACGGUGGAGGACGACGGGGCGCCGCUGCCACCUCCAGAAGAGCUGGGCCAGGGGAACCCGUUCCUGCUCUUCGUGUGCCUGGCCAUGCUGCUGGAGCAGCGCGAGGCCGUCAUGGCGCGCGCCGGCGACUACAACGAGGUGGCCAUGCACUUCGACCGCCUGGUGCGCCGCCACCAGCUGCCGCGCGUCCUGCGCCGCGCCAAGGCGCUCUUCCGCCAGGUACCUGGAGGGGUGGGGCGCCACCGCCCCGGCAGGACCGCCCCAGACGGGACCUCCCUCGGGGUAAAGGGGGCACGGAGGAAGGGUCAGGAGAUACCGGCAGGGGUGGGGGGUGUGGGGAGAGAGGGUGGGAGCGGUAAGGAUAAGGUGGUGACUCUGUAG